AUGGCCCACCUGCAUCAGACCCAGGUGCAGGUCAUUAUCAAUGGACUCGAUCAGAGCUACGGUCUUGUAGCCAAAAUGAUCACACUGAGUUUCUCCCUCUCACAAGCUGUAACAUAUGCAUCAGCGAUCUUUGCUCGAGUUCAUGCACCCAAUGUUUUUCUGUAUAACACCAUGAUAAAAGCCUAUUCAAAGAGCAGCACCCCUCUUGCGGCCGUGCGUUGCUACCGUCUCUUUUGUGUAGGACUCCGGCCUGAUCACUACACCUUCCCUCCACUUCUUGAGGCCUGCAAGGAAGCUUCUGAUCUUGAUGUGGGCCUUCAAAUUCACUCCCAUAUCAUUAGGACCGGCUUAGAGUCGAACGUUUUCACGCAGACCCAAUUGCUCCGUUUCCUAGCUGAAUGCGGGUCUGUGGCCCAUGCACGUCGUGUCUUUGAUGAAAUGGGCUGCAGAGAUGGGGUGGCAUGGACGACCAUGAUUGCCUCUUAUGCCUCUGAAUGUGGGGAUAUCAAUGAAGCGUUUAGGCUCUUCCAAGAAAUGCCUUUCCAACGAGAUGGAUUUUGUUGGAAUGUGAUAAUCGCCGGCUUUAUUAGGUGGGACAACAUUGUUGCAGCUAGAAAACUGUUUGAUGAAUUUCCCCAGAAAGAUGUGGUCUCUUGGACAGAGAUGAUCAGUGCAUAUGCUCAGAAGGGCCACUAUAGAGAGGCCCUGCAUCUCUUUGAUCAGAUGCGAGUGUUGGGUUGUAAGCCUAACCAUCUUACUUUGGUGAGUCUGCUAUCUUCAUGUGCCCAUUUAGGUUCCAUUAGAGUAGGCAUGAGCAUACACCAAUUCAUAGAAAAGAAUGGUAUUUUCAUUGAUGUAUAUAUUGGCACAACUCUUAUCGAUAUGUAUUCAAAGUGUGGCGACAUUGAGAACUCUCUGAAAAUAUUCAAUCUCAUGCCUCGAAAGGACGUGUACACUUGGAAUACCAUGAUUGAGGGCCUUGCGAGUCAUGGGCAGGGAAGGCAUGCUUUGGACUUGUUCAUGAGAAUGGAAAUGGAAGGGCUUGAACCCAAUGGAGUGACAUUUGUAGGUGUUUUAACUGCUUGUAGCCAUGUGGGUCUUGUGAAAGUGGGUCGUGCGUACUUUCAUCUCAUGAUUAAUGAGUAUGGAAUCACCCCUAGGAUUGAACACUACGGAUGUUUGGUUGAUCUUCUUGGUCGGGCAGGAUUGGUAGACGAAGCUGAAGAAGUAGUGAAUAGGAUGCCUAUCCAACCUAAUGCUGUUGUUUGGGGAGCUUUGCUUGCUGCUUGUAAGGUUGGAGGGAAUGUUGAACUUGGAGAGAGAGCUUUGAAACAUCUCUUGGAGUUGGAACCUGAAAAUGGUGGAAAUUACACACUUCUGUCAAACAUCUAUGCGGCCGCAAGCCGGUGGGACGAUGUUGACAGGAUGAGGAAGAUGAUGAGAAAUCCUACAGUUGAAAAGAUUCGUGGGUUUAGUUGUAUUGAAGUAGGUGGUUUGGUAUAUGAAUUCAGUCAAGGGGACGAUACACAAUCCAAGUGUGUAUAUGAGCUGUUGGAAGAAAUAGCAAUGAGGCUGAAGGACAUGGGUCAUGUACCCCAAACAGGGGAAGUUUUGCAUGACAUAGAUGAAGAAGAAAAGGAGAAUGCACUUUCAUGGCAUAGUGAGAAGCUGGCGAUCGCUUUUGGGCUCAUCCACACAUGCCCCGGUAGCUCACUCAUGAUCAUGAAGAACCUCCGCAUGUGUCGGGAUUGCCACUCCACAACAAAGCUUGUUUCAAGGAUCUUCAGUAGGAAGAUUACUGUUAGGGACCGCGUCCGUUUCCAUCAUUUCACAGAUGGGGAGUGUUCAUGCUAUGAUUUCUGGUGA